UUCCCAGCUUCCAACCACCAGAAAGAAAGAAAAUGAGCAAAACGCUUUCUUUUAAUCCGUUAAUUCCAUUGAAAAUGCAAGUAAUCCCUCCCCAAUUCCCCGCCAAGAAAACCAGAACAAAAUCCCUUUCAAUCUCCGCCCGCCUUCAAAAUCAACAACAACAACAACAACUCAACCUCUCCGUUCUUCGCUUCACUCUCGGGAUACCUGGGUUGGACGAGUCCUACUUACCCAGAUGGAUUGGUUACGGGUUUGGUUCGCUUCUGGUUCUGAACCAUUUCGUGGGUUCUGAUUCUGCUACUACCACUCCAGCUCAGCUUAGCACAGAAGUUCUGGGCCUUUCUUUGGCAGCAUUCUCCAUUUUUAUUCCUUAUCUUGGAAAAUUUCUUAAGGGUGCAAGUCCAGCAGAUCAAGCAACUAUUCCUGAAGGCACUGAGCAAAUAUUUGUCAUGUCACAAAAUAUAUCAGAUACUCAGAAGGAGGACUUGGCUUGGGCAACAUACAUCUUGCUUCGCAAUACAAACACCAUAGCUGCGUUAAUAUCGAUUCAAGGUGAAUUAUGUGCACGUGGCUACUGGAACAUACCAGAGAAGGUGUCAAAAGCAAAUAUACUUGAUUGGUUUGAGGGACAGAUUGAAAGGAUUGGCCUAAAAAAUCUAAAGGAUACCCUUUAUUUUCCUCAGAGUUCAGAUUCUGUACUUUGGGAGAUGUUACCCAAGGGGACCCGUUCUCUCCUGGUACAGCCAGUCCUACAAGUUCCAAAACCUGGUGCCAUUCAGAUGGAAAAGAUUGAAGGGUUUGUCCUGUUGGCUUCAAGCAUGAGCUAUGCAUAUAGCGAUAAAGACAAAGCCUGGAUUGGAGCUCUUGCAAACAAAUUUGGAGAAUGAUAUGGUAUGGAUCAGCGAUUGAUCAACACCCAGGUUAAAGUUCCAGAUUUUGGAGAUAGAAGAUGAUGUGGGUUUCUACAAAAAUUUCUCCAAGCCAUACACCAGAUUCUGCAAGAAUAAUGCAGAAAGAAAACGGCAUUCUUACUUCGGAGAUGGAGUAGCAGAAUGGUUGAAGAAAUCAAAAAGAUAAAACGGGAUUUGAUUCGUUACCUUAAGGCGCACAACCUUUCUGAUGGCCAAGAUUAGGCCUGGCAUGAGACAUUGGACGUCAGUGAUAUCAUGUUUAAGAGAGUAAAUCUGUGGGAAGCAGUAUUUAUGCAUUAGAUUACCACGUUAAUAAAGGUAAACCUUUUCAAGUCAUUCUCAAAACCAGAAAAGAAAAACCACAGACGCACCUCUCCUGGGCCAGAGAAGUAGACUGUUGUACUGGAGGGAAGUCCUGGAAGGACUAAGCUAUGCACUCGAACCCCAUCUUCUCCAAGAACUUGACCCCUUGCCUUUUAAGGACAAAAAUAAAAAAGAAAAAGAGCUAUUUUGAAUUAUAUGGGCUUCUGUUGAAUGUUUCAUAUUGAUUUGAUUAUAUUAGUUCUGGAUUUUCAGUCUUUAUUUAUUUACUUAUUUUUGCAUUUCCAAA